AUGGAACGUGACAUCUCUCCUCACAGCGCUGCUUCAACACCUGGAUACAUUGGAGCAAAACGGCUGCCUCCUUGGGAAGUUUCUAACCUUCCCCGAGUACCUCAUAUAUCCAAUUCAGCACCGCCUCUUUCGAAAGCAGAGGUGGAUGCCUUAUCGUCCUUGUGGGCGACAAGAACAACAACAGAUCACCAGAGCUCAGAAAUGGAUCAAAGAUUUCCAGAUUCGGCAUUUGCAGCACCCUCUCCACCCCAACGGACUGAGACUGGAUCAUCGUCAGCGAGAAAACCUUCCAUAGCGGACAGUGCAAGAACGGCAUCGCCUCAGCCUAGCGAGCAUAGGCAUAUGAGUCCGGCGUAUGGUCAUGUUUACGAAAAUGAUCACUCAAGUAGUCGACAACAAGUAGUGGCUAUGCCUGGCACCAUGUCGAGUCGUUCUGUUCCUAGUCAGCACCACCCAAUUAACUCCAAGAGAUCCUCCAACAAACGGCAGCACAAGAAAAGCCCUAAAGGCACCAAGGAGUCUGUGCCAAUCGGCCAUCGCUUCACCUCAGCAGUCAAAGACUUAUUCCGGAGGGAGCCGAUUGAUGACAGCAAUUUUGAACGUAUUGGAGAGCGACACUGGUCAGAUGAUUGA